UCCUCCUGCUCUCUCUCUCUCUCUCCCUCUCUCUCUCUCUGUUGCUCACUUCUCUUCUUGCUCAGCAACACAUAUCCAGGGUGCUUUUUUGUUCUGUCUUCGGCUCCUCUUAGUGCGGCUGCAUCCGGCUCUCAGGCUUCAGUGUCCGUCUCGUGCAGGCAGGCGGCGGUCCUCUCUGUCUCUCCGUCACACACACAUGCACACACACACGCACACGCGGGCAAAGACACAAACACACAAACAGACACGAACACCGUGCCAAUGGGUGCCCAAGGACAGUGCACCUGCAUUCGGCCCCCCAGCCCUGCCAGCCUGAACCAUCGGUGAGAAGGAGGAGGAGGAGGAGAGGAAGGAGGGAGUGCAAUCGGAACGAUGGAGCACAGCCAUAUCAUUGCCUCGCUCCCCCCUAAUGCCAGCGCCUGGGGCCCCGGACAACCUCCCACGGGGCCCCAGAGCUGUCCUCUGGGGCCCCUGCCUGUCAUCUACUACAGCGCCCUGCUUUGCCUCGGCCUACCAGCCAACAUCUUGACUGUGAUCAUCCUCUCCCAGCUGGUGUCACGGCGUCAGAAGUCCUCCUACAACUACCUCCUGGCCCUGGCUGUAGCAGACAUCUUGGUUCUCUUCCUCAUCGUCUUUGUAGACUUCCUGCUGGAGGAUUUCGUCUUAGGCAUGCCAUUGCCAUCCUCACUCAACAAGGUGGUGCAGGUGCUUGAGUUUUCCUCUAUCCACACCUCCAUCUGGAUCACUGUGCCACUCACGGUGGACCGCUACAUCGCAGUGUGCCACCCACUGCGAUACCACUCUGUCUCCUACCCAGCCCGCACACGCCGUGUCAUUCUGGCUGUCUACCUAGGCUGUCUACUCUCCAGCAUCCCCUACUAUUGGUGGCCUGACCUGUGGCUGGAGCCGGUGGGUGUGGCCAAGAGUGGCGGGGGCAGGGCCAGCAGCCUGGGCCAGCAUAUUCUGGUGUGGGCACACUGUGCCACCGUUUACCUGCUGCCCUGCUCCAUCUUCUUUACCCUCAACUCUGUCAUCGUGCAUAAGCUCCACCGGCGCAGCUGCUUCCGACUCCGGGGCUACUCCACAGGCAAGACCACUGCUAUUCUCCUGGCUAUCACCUCUGUCUUCGCCGUGCUGUGGGCACCACGUGUCGUCAUGAUCCUCUACCACCUGUAUGCAGCGCUGCCCUCGGCGCCGGGCCCGGCCCGCCUGCUCCACCUCAUCACCGACGUAGCCAACAUGCUGGCGCUCCUCAACACCGGUGUCAACUUCUUCCUGUACUGCUUCAUCAGCCGCCGCUUCCGUGUCAUGGCCGCCGCGGUGCUGCGGGGCUUCCUCCGCUGCCGCAAGCAACCGCCGGCCUUCUACGCCAGCCACAGCUUCUCCAUCACCAGCAGCCCCUGGAUCUCACCCGCUAACUCUCACUGCAUGAAGAUGUUCGUCUACCAGUAUGACAAAAACGGCAAGCCCGUGUGCAUCUCCUCCUAGGCCAUCCUCCUCUACUCUUCCUCAGCUCUAUGCUCUCACUCUAGUGCUGAUUCUGAGCUGAGGCUGGGAGGCAUGUUUACGAUUGCACACCUGUGAUUGGUCAUUGGGACCUUGUGAUCUAGCUGAGGCUAGCAGAGAGGCCCCCAAUCUCUUCUGCGCCCUGAAAGCACUGCCACUGAUUCACCAGCAGCAGAGACACAGGUGUUUGGGGUGGGCGGCAUCUGACUAACUACCAAAAUCAGCACUGAACAAAAGAAAACAUGAAGAGGCCAGUGACCCACGAGGGUCGUCGUUUCUGACCCAGUUUGACCCAACCAGUCCUGUGCAGCCACCAGCCACUGGGCUGACAUCAUACCCCCUCGUUUUCCCAGCUUUCUUAGUGUCUGCUCCACCUCGUAGGAAUCCGUGGUGCAGCUGCCUUUUUUAACUCUCUGAGGUGCUGGGUGAGAUUGCAGUGCGGCAGAGUGUAAAAGAUCCCCUACAGCAACUGCAUCCCGCCAAAAAAAACCCCCAGAAUCUUCCAUUUGUUCUCAUGUGACAGAGCAAAGAAAAUCAAUACCUACCUGAGGUUCCCUUUACCUUUUAGGAAGCACUGGGCUGCCGAGUGACCCGUCAUACUGAUAACAACAUUCCCACCCCGUCCACAGGCAAAGGCCAGGAUAUGCAGUGCCCGUUUCACUACAUAGCCCCUCGAACCCGUGUCGGCUUCUAUGUGUUGGGCCAUAGUUACAGGCAAGCCCAUAGUGCAUGAAAUAACCCUGUCACACAGUCGUAGAAUACUAGGUGACUGUUAUAUGUACUGUUAACGCGAAAACAUGAAUCCAUGUUGAGAUAUCCGAUUACCGCAUAUAUUACAAUAAUUAGUGUUAAGACACUUUCUCUCUGUGCUCAUUAUCUUGUAAUAACUGAUAGCACUGCUAAGUAGGAAGAGGUCAAAGGAAUCCUCUGCAGUUAGUCAGUGGUGUGUAACUUAUAGACAUUAAUGAAUGUACUGACAGUGCACCAAUACCCCAAUACCUUCAGUUAGCAGCAUCUGUACCCACAUUGUUGGCUUUAGUAGCCUUUUGUCUGAAAAACACCAAGUAAAGACAAGUUCAUCAGGUGGCCAGAGUGAGAGUGCAAGUCAUGGAUUCAGAGGCAGGACAGGAGAGCAGCGCUUGAUUUCUUGCUGUUAAACAAUCAAAACACAAAUGUAGACAAAUGAAUACUCAGUUCAAAGAUGCUUCUGCGUUCCCUCACAGCAGAUGGGGCGCACUUUAAGGAAAACAUUGGAUUCUACAUCAACAGAUUGAGGUCUGUAACGAUUCAUCCAGAAACUUCUGUUCUUGGGCAGCACAUGAGAACUUCCCUCCCACAGCCCAUUUCCCAAAACCCCAUCUGUCACAGCAGACUUCAUGUGGUGACAAGCCCCAAGACAGAUAUCAGUGUCAAUCCACCCGCUCUCUAUCGACACUCUUCUGACUGAUGAUCUAAGUUCCCACCUUGGCCCGGAUCAAAUAGGUCGUUUAGCAGGUGGAGAAGAAUAAAGAAGCGCAAUGGAAGGGCGGUUGGGGCAGUAGAAGUGCACGUCGUAUGGUGGGCGUCGCUCGCCACAGGGCCAGACGUGAGCCAUCGCCCACCACGCAACGGUACGUAACCCAGUACCGAUAUUCCAGGCACACAAAAACAACACAGAAUGAAAGUGAAGAAUCACAGUCAGCCUAAGACAGAAAGAGAGGGAAGUGGGAACCAAGAGAGAGGGAGGGAGAUUGUGAAAGGUGUUCAUGGUAUUGAGGUAUUGAGUCUGACGGACAAACAUAAACACAAAGUGUUCGCAGAUUUUUAUGAUGAGGGAGUUUGUGAUCCGUGCCAGAAUUCUGCCGGGAAAAUCCGGAAGGUCUAUACCCUUGACGCGAACACAUGAAUGUGUACCCUUUCCCAUCCAGUCAUUUUGUUCUUUGUACUUGCCAUUAAGGUGAAUCACCUCUGGAGGGGGGGCAAUGUCCUGGCGGCACGGCAGGCGGACGAGCCGGAAGGUGCUGGGGACAGACAAGGCUCCAGUGUCAGAGGAGAGGCUGUGACAGAAAUGAGAGGCUUCAGCUGCAAGUGAUGGAACGUUUAAUCAUUUUAAGACUUAGAUCUUCCCUGCAGCUUUUGCCACUUAAAUGCAUGAAACACGGCUCCAACCAGUUUGAUCAGUGGCUAAACAGUGUUCAUAGCCAAAAGGCUAAUACAGCCCAGUCCAGCAUGUUAUCCUGGCGUGAAGUGGCUGCAGAUGCUGGCAAAUCCAGGCUUCACAGCCCCUCGCUUGUCCCCCUGCCUUUCUCCAUGCGAGAGAAAAACCUGGCGAUUUUUAUUAGUUUUUUUUUUUUU